CCACUUAGUUUAGCUCGCUGCUUCAGCCCCUUUCCUUUGGUCGUCAGAUUUGCGUCCAAAUCCCUCCCUAAAACCUUUUGACGGUGACGAGAGAGUGAGAGAGAGAGAGAGAGACGAAGCCAGCGAAAUGUGGAGGCCUCUCGUAAGAAUCGCCGCCGGGAAUCUCAAUUUGAAUCGGAGUUCUUUAAUUCUAAAUGAUACCGUUUCUCAUUUCUCAGCGUCGAACUCAGCCGCCGCCGUGGGAAAACUUCUCCCGAGUUUAGAUCAUGCGCAUCGAUGCUUUUCAUCUUCCAAGAGUACGAAAUCUUCAAUCACCAAGACGAAGAAGGCUGAAGGCAAAAAAUCCAAACCUAAAGGCGGCGAUCCUAAUGCAGCCGGAGCCGAGGACGGAGAGUUUGGAGCCGGCGUUGGAGAUGACCUUGAAGCCGGUCGAGCCAAGAGGUUAGCUGAUGAUGAGAAGAUUCCGUCUCUAGAUGUAGGUCCUAAUGGAAGGCCUCUCUUUACUCCCAAAGAUACUACACUAUCGCAGCUUUCUCAUAAGGAUAUCGGCUCCUACUUCAAAUUCGAUGAGGCUGCUUUGGAAACAGUUCUGCCGGAGGGUUUGGCUUCAGGGAUCAAAGAUGAGUUUAAGGGAUCAUGGAGACCUGCUUUGCUUGUGAGAAAAAGUUUCUUGUCUCUUAGGGAUAAUUUCAGACGCCUUGCUGAUCCUCCCAUGUGGCCAAGUGACGGUAAAGGUGUCAAACUUAAGAAACAGAUUGUUUUGGAUGGCCCUGUUAAAUGUGGAAAGAGCAUUGCUUUGGCGAUGCUUGUUCACUGGGCACGUGACGAAGGCUGGCUAGUUUUAUAUGCCCCGAAAGGGCGUGACUGGACUCAUGGAGGUUACUUCUAUAAGAAUCCUCAUUCAGGUUUAUGGGACACUCCUCUGCAAGCUGAGAAUAUUCUCAAGGACUUUGUCAAGUUCAAUGAAUCCCGUUUAAGAGAGUUAAGGUGCAAAAUACAUGAUCCCCUCGUGCUUGGAGAGGGUGCGGGUGUAGGAUACUUGAAAGGAGCAGAUACUAUGCCAGUUCCAGAGGAUUCAACUCUGUAUGACCUUGUGCAAAUGGGGAUUAAGAGCACUCAUGCAUCUGUUAAUGUCGUCGUGCGACUUAGAAAAGAACUCUCACUCGUAAAAGAUGUACCAGUGUUGAUAGCAAUUGAUCAAUAUAACAGUUGGUUUACAUUCAGUGAGUUUGAGGAGCCUGUAACACCACGUUCUUGCCGACCUAUACAUGCAAGAGAACUUACAACGGUAAAUGCUUUCAGAAGCAUGAUGCAUGAAGAUAUGAUGGUGGGUGCAUUUUCACAUUCAACAGCAGUGGGAAAACUACGUAAAGACUUGCCAGAUGUUCCAGUUGAUGCUCGUCUGCCUUUCCCACGUUAUUCUUUGGAAGAAGCAGAAGCUGUCUGCUAUUACUAUCUUAGGUGA